CACAGUGUGAACCAGUCAUAUUUCUGAAAAUUCAGACUGCAGACAUGAGUGGAAGAGGCAAGGGAGGUAAAGGACUCGGAAAGGGGGGCGCCAAGCGUCAUCGUAAGGUUCUUCGUGAUAACAUCCAGGGUAUCACAAAGCCCGCAAUUAGGCGUCUUGCUCGUCGUGGUGGUGUGAAGCGUAUCUCUGGCCUCAUCUACGAGGAGACCCGUGGCGUGCUGAAGGUGUUCCUUGAGAACGUUAUCCGUGAUGCCGUCACUUACACUGAGCAUGCAAAGAGAAAGACCGUCACUGCAAUGGAUGUCGUCUAUGCUCUGAAACGCCAGGGUCGUACUCUGUACGGUUUUGGAGGUUAAACAUCAGUCAUCCCCUUCUGAAACAAAAACCAACGGCUCUUUUAAGAGCCACCCAAGUACUUACGUAAAACAUUAUUCCAAGUAUGUUUCUAUUGAAAAUCAACUGAUAUUUACAGAUUGGUGGUGUUCACUACGGAUGACUUACUGAAAAUAUUAUAUAAUUCACAACAUGCCACGCAACAGCCAUUA